AUGUUUUGGCAUCAGUAGUGACGCGCCAAUUUCUUCUUUGUAAACAGUAGUGAAGGGAAUAUUUUUCAGCCAAGUAUUUUAUGUGCUAUCAUUCUUAUUACGGGAUAAUUUUUGAAGUGUCGGUUCCUGAUUUGUUUGCUUUCAUAAUUUAGCAUGGCUGAAUCUGAUGACUUAGCAUAUGCCAAACGAAAAAUAAAUUUAGCUAGGUUGGAUGAAGCGGAAAUAAGCCCUUUAAUUCAAUCAUUAACUUUACAAGAAAGACAAGAUGAUAUAUGUCUUCUUCAGCUUAAUUCUGAAAUAUUAUCGAAUAUUUCUGAAGGGCAAACGCUGACAAUUAGGGGAGAAGUCGAUGAUUCUGCAGUACUCUGCAAUAAAAACAGUACUUACGAACUAAAGGAAGCAGAAACAUCCAAUUCUCUGCUUCUUUUGCCGGAUAUGUUAUGGCCAGAAACAUGUGAAAAUGGACACAUUAAAGUUUUGCCGCAGAUUGUCAGUGGCGUUUUUCAUUACUACUAUGAAUUACGUGCUUUCAAGCCAAGUUUCAAAAAGCUUCGCUCCCUUUUGGAAAGAAAACCUUACCGAGGAAAAGAAUACGAAGACCCCCAGGAUUUACAGGAUAAAUUCACUUUUGAAAUGUUACUUGAUACAAUUCAAGCUAGUGAGGAAGAACUUAAAUCAGAAUUAACACAAGCUCAAGCUUGUUUUAUCAAUGGUUACGUUAGGAUUUUGGAUUUUGAUUAUAAAUUCAGUGUUUUCAGUAGCAUUUUGGAUGCCAUAGAAUUGAGAUCAUUGCCUCUAGAUAAAAUACCAAAACAACUUAUCAUAGAGACUUUGAAAGAUCUAGAAUCGAAAGAAAUAUUGGAAGAAUGCUUCUCAUGGUUUACAGAAGAAACUGGUCAGAUAGAUGAACAUGGGUAUAGUUUGUUUGCUUUCAGAGAAGAUUCUGUUUGUAAAUUGUAUGCAGAAGUGUUAUUGCGUUCAUCUGGAAAAUUCCAUCUUCAGGAUUUUCUGGAGAGUUGGCAGAGGAGUGUACCUGAAGGCAUGAAAUGCGAUUUGAAGCAGUUACGAGGACUUGCAUUGACAGAUCUUACUAACAGACCAGAAGUCAUCUUUCAUUUCCCUACUCAAAACUUGCCUGAAAAUAUCAAGGAACGGUUUGAGAUGUUGUUUAAAGUUAAGGAGAAAUGGGAUUAUGAUGAGAUUGUUCCAUAUCUUGAAGAUAGAACUUAUCCUGGUAAUGAUGUUAAAGCUUUGUUAAUCAAAUACACUCGUGAAUCUACAAAAGAUGGGAGAAAAAUGUACAGUUCAAAAUGGUAAAUUUAUAUGAUACAAUUGUUAGAAAUAUAUUUAAAUGUAGUUUACUCUUAUAUUAUAAGAGUUAUUAUUCCAAGUAUAUUAUGAAUGCUUCUUAAAUUAAGUAAUUAUACACACACAUAUAUAUAUAUAUGUAUAAAUAAAUAAAU